AUGUCCAGCAUCUCACAGGUGCACAUUAUUUUUUGCUGGGCGACUGACACCUCUACAGCUGCAGUAGGUUUCAGCCGAUUACACCUUAAAUCGAAAUAUCUCUCCUUUUGUGAUGAGGGUGGUGAAGACUGCGCCCUACGGCCGCCAGGCAAGCGCCGCCUUUUGAGAAGCGGUUUCUGCCGCCUCAACAGCAGAUCUGUAGCAAUGCCGACAGUGUAA